CCAAUUUCAACGUAUAUAGGUUAUAGAUAGCAAGCAUACAUGUAUUUAGUUGACUGGCUGAAGCAAAACAGAAAGUUUCAGUUAUUUGUUUAGUGGCAAGUAAAUUCUGAAAGCAAACUUUUCGGUAGAGGACAGAGCAGUUUAAUCAUGAUAGUUUUAAAAAGGCAUGAGAGAAAUAACAAAACGGAAAUAUGACGUUACGUUCGUAUUGCCAAAAUUUUAUUUGUGGUGAAGGUGACACUUUACUUUAUCCUGGUUGUGAUUACAUAUAGUUAACAAGUGAGGUAUAAAAAUGCAGAAGUGGUUUUUCCUUGAAAAUCCAGAAAAUGAUAUUAUGCGUGACGCGUGUGCAGCAGGAAGAGAUGCAGGUGCUGGAGAGGAAAGCUCUGAAGGAGACAUCUCUUUGCGUAAAUGGUUAUUUCGUGUAAGGGUUCCUGAUCUAAAAUGUGAUGAAGUCGUGUGUGUGGUAGGAGAUUGUCAAGAAUUAGGUACAUGGCAGCCAGAAAAGUGUAUAAAACUGAAUCAAGAACGCUGCUCUGAAAUUUGGUCAAAAAUUGUGUAUGUUCCUAAAGACAAAGAUUGUUCAUAUCGUUAUUGUGUUUGUGUGAUUGUUGAGGAAGGACUACAAGUAAUAGUGAGAAACUGGGAAACUAAUCUAGAACCUCGGAAAAUAAGAGUAGAUGCAAAAUCACCAACUGUGAAAGAAGAACCUCAGGCUUAUGGUGAUUACGAUAACUCCUGCAGGAUUGACAAAGGAUGGCUAAUCAAAGAAACAACUGUACAGCUGAAACUUUUUCAAAAUAUUUCAAUAUGGAGACCUCGUUAUGCCAAUCGCAAAAUUUACAUCAAAGUAACUCCAAUUAACUUGACCCGUACUAAUGCGAACUUUCCAAAAACUAUGGCAGAAGCUUUAGAAGAGUCUUUGAGUACUGAAAACAACGACAUUAUAGAGAACCCUAGCUUUUCAUACACUGAAGUAUGUAAACUUCAAGAUCCAAUCUGCUCUUUUCAACCACAAAGUCAAUUCGGUGUCGAAUAUCAGAGUGGUGACCUGAUAAUCUUCCAGAGUACCAUUCUUUUCCCCCAAAAUACUGCUUUUCUAAUUGAUUUGUACAUAUACAGCACAAAAGCAGUUGACGAUGAUCCUCCAUAUCAUGCCGGCUUUAGCUAUCUACUCCCUAGUGCGUUACAAUCAUCUGCAGGAAGUGUGAUUCUUCCUGUGACUAGUACGAAACAUAGACCGUUAGGUCAAAUUGAGCUUGAAUAUUUGGUGGUUCGUCCGAUGUCGAAUUAUAAAUGUGACAUGAGCGUGUCGUAUACACGAUAUUGGAGGAAUACAUGGUGCGGUUUGGACGUAGGACAUCGUGGUUCCGGUUCAAGUUUUAAGUGCGAGCCAAAGAACUGCGCCGAGGUACGAGAGAACACCAUUGCCAGUUUGAAAACAGCCAUAGAUCAUGGCGCAGAUAUGGUGGAAUUUGAUGUACAGCUCAGUAAGGAUGGGGUUCCUAUUAUUUAUCACGAUUAUCAUGUGUGUAUUUCGAUGAAGAAAAAGAAGGAGUUAGAUGAGACAGACAUGCUGGAACUUCCCAUAAAGGAACUGACUCUUGAACAACUCAGAUUACUGAAGGUGUAUCACCUAUCUGAAGGCAAAUCGAAGAUGCCCCGGUUCUUCGAUGAUGAUUUGGAAGAACACCAGCCAUUCCCUACAUUACGUCAACUGAUGGACGUGCUUGAUCCUCACACCGGUUUUAACAUUGAAAUCAAAUGGACUAUGAAACUUCAAGACGGCUCCUAUGAGCUCAAUCAUCCAAUUGAUUUGAACUUGUAUCUGGACACCAUUAUCGAAGUAGCUAUGAGUCAUGGUUACUGUAGGAAGAUCAUAUUUUCUUCAUUCAAUCCGGACAUCUGCACUAUGAUUAAACUCAAACAGAACAAGUAUCCUGUCCUGUUUUUGACACAAGGUGAAACCACGAAGUAUCCACCGUAUAUGGAUCCUCGUUGUAUUAGUAUUGCAGCUGCUGUGCAGCAGGCAACGUUAAUGGAACUUUUAGGGGUCAACGUUCAUUCAGAGGAUAUUUUAAGAAAUCCUUCGCAGGUUAAUUUUGCUUUACAAGCAAAUCUAGUGAUAUUCUGUUGGGGCGAUGAAAAUGCAGACAAAGGGACAAUAAAGUAUCUGAAAGAUUUGGGUCUCCAUGGCAUAAUCUACGAUAAAAUCUACGAGUAUUCGAGUAAAGAAGUCAAGGAGAGUAUUUUCAUGGUGGAAGCUCGGGAAUCACAAAAAGAACUUAUUCAACUGGCAGCUGCUACAACCGAGCAAUCACAGCCUCCACAAGAGCCUAUUAUUGAAAGAAUUUUAGAUGUUGCAAAGAUUCGAGCAGAUUUCCAUGAAUUUUCUACUGCAACGUCUCUAGAAAGUUUGGAGAGCAGGAUAGAAGAGUGCAAGAAAGAAAAUAUUAACGGACAAAAGUCCUCAUCUUCCCUUGACAGUGAUACUAUACUAGAAGCAUAAGACAUGAACUAGGAAAUUUUUUGUAAGCAAGCUCUUUAUUUUUUAAUAUUUAUUAAAAGCUUUACCUUUAACUCGUUUUUCCCUGCUGCGUAGAAUUAAGUAUACAUGUAAAUACCAAAUUCAAGUGAUUGUAGGUACUGAGGUAUCGUUUUUACUUUUUGUAUUAGUUCAAAACUAAUUCCGUUAGGGCCUAAUCAUAUUAAUCCUUAAUAAAAUGAUACCUACUUAGCUGUUCAUAAUUAUUUUGAGUAUUGUAAUUAAAAUUUUAUAUUUCUAAAAACAUCUUUUGGUGAACAGAAUAUUUGCAAAAGACAUAAAAAUAUUUACAUAACAACGGAUUUUCUCGAUUGGUUGAGAUACAAAAAGUUCUUUUUUUAAAGAAUUUCUCUAAUUUAUUUGGUUGUGAAAAAAUUUACCUUAUUGGGCUAAAGUAAAUAGUUUUUAGUGAGGAGAGAUGACUAUUUUGACCAUAGAAAAAUUCUGUUGUAUUCAUUUAAUGGUAUAAAAACAAAAGUUCUAUUUACUGUAACUGUUUUUAAGAUAUAUAUAUAUAAAAAAAUGGAAGUUUGUGUUUGAAAAAAUUUUAAUGCAACUUAAUAAAUAAUAAAAAUGUAACAAAAAAAAACAAAAAAUAUUGAAUUCAAAGCUGUUCGCAUUUUCAGUGCAAGGAUAAGGGUCGACAAGAGUAUGAACAGUGAGUUUUAUAAGUAUUCUAAUACGAUUCUAAUUUUUAUUGUUUAUACUUAUUUUAAUAAUUUAUAGCAUUUAGGAAUAUUCUAACAGUAAAGUACAAUUAUUUCUGUAAUCAAAUUUGACCAUAUUUGGUAUUUUUGCUAAUUUCUUUGCAUUUUCCUAUUAUUAUUGAUACACAUAUUUCAUAUUGAGCGAAAAAACCUGGUAACUUUUUUUUGAUUUAAAUUCAUGGACUCUUAUGGACUCAAUAAAAACAUAUUUAAGGAUGUAAGUGAUACAUUCAUUCGCUCAAUUGGAAAUAAUCGAUAAUAAUGGUAAAUAUAAUUGUGUUUAGCUGUUGGAGUGAUCCUAAAUGUUAUAAAGUAUUAGAAUUGUGUUAUAAGGGACAAUAAAAAAAUUUUUUAGAAAACCUAAUAAACACGCUGCUAUGGGAGUCAUUUUUAUACUCGUAUGAACCCUAUUUCUGUUUUGCUAAAUAAAUCUUCUAGUAUAAAAUUUAGAUAGUAAGUAUUGGUAACAUAUAUUUUUUUUAAUAUAUAAGGAGUUACCAAAAAAUAUACAAAAUAAAAAAAUGGGUUUUUUCAUGCUAAAACGCUGUAAUGUUUUGCAAUCUAUACAGUAAGAAUAAAGGAAUGUGAUAAAUAAGUUAGGGAGAUAUUAUUGCUUCAAAUAGAGUUUAGAUAAGAAAUUUAUUUGCUGUGUUUUCCUUAUGUGGUAAUAUCAUACAUUUGUAUACUGUUUGAUAAUUGUACAACACAGAUAAAGGAAACAGCAAUUAAUAAAGUUAUAUAAAAAACA